UACAGAAAGGAAGUAGAAAUUACCACCACACUUCAGGAAUUGUUACUCUACUUUAUUUUUUUAAUAAACCUAUGUAUAUUGACUUUUGGGAUGGUAAACCCACAUAUGUAUUACUUAAACAAGGUUAUGUCAUCUCUAUUUUUGGACACUUCUGUGCCUGGUGAAGAAAGAACCAACUUUAAGUCUAUUCGCAGCAUAACUGAUUUUUGGAAGUUUAUGGAAGGACCCCUUUUGGAAGGUCUGUACUGGGAUUCAUGGUACAAUAACCAGCAGCUGUAUAAUUUAAAGAACAGCAGUCGCAUCUACUAUGAGAAUAUACUUCUGGGAGUCCCCAGAGUUCGUCAACUAAAAGUCCGCAACAACACAUGCAAAGUCUAUUCAUCUUUUCAGUCUUUGAUGAGUGAAUGUUAUGGCAAAUAUACUUCUGCAAAUGAAGACCUCUCUAAUUUUGGCCUUCAAAUUAAUACUGAAUGGAGAUAUUCUACUUCUAAUACCAACUCCCCUUGGCACUGGGGAUUUCUUGGUGUUUACCGAAAUGGAGGAUAUAUUUUCACUUUAUCAAAAUCAAAAUCUGAAACCAAAAACAAGUUCAUUGACCUUCGACUGAACAGCUGGAUCACAAGAGGGACGAGAGUUAUUUUUAUUGAUUUUUCCUUAUACAAUGCUAACGUAAAUCUGUUUUGUAUUAUCAGAUUGGUGGCAGAAUUCCCUGCAACUGGAGGAAUACUUACUUCAUGGCAGUUUUACUCUGUGAAGCUCCUCAGAUAUGUUAGCUACUAUGAUUAUUUUAUCGCUUCCUGUGAAAUCACAUUUUGUAUUUUUCUUUUUGUCUUCACAACACAAGAAGUCAAAAAAAUAAAAGAAUUUAAGUCUGCCUAUUUCAAAAGUAUUUGGAACUGGCUAGAAUUGCUACUUUUGCUGUUGUGUUUUGUGGCUGUUUCCUUCAACACAUACUGUAAUGUACAAAUUUUUCUCUUACUUGGACAGCUGUUGGAAAGUACUGAACAAUAUUCAGAUUUCUAUUUUCUUGCAUGCUGGCACAUUUAUUACAAUAAUAUAAUUGCUAUUACCAUCUUUUUUGCAUGGAUAAAGAUAUUCAAAUUCAUAAGCUUUAACAAGACAAUGUCUCAGCUGUCAUCAACCUUGUCCCGUUGUAUUAAAGACAUAGUAGGAUUUGCCAUUAUGUUUUUUAUAAUAUUCUUUGCUUAUGCCCAGUUAGGAUUUCUUAUUUUUGGAUCACAAGUUGAUGACUUUUCCACUUUUCAGAAUUCCAUAUUUGCACAAUUUCGAAUUGUUCUUGGAGAUUUUAAUUUUGCUGGUAUUCAGCAAGCCAAUCCUAUCUUGGGACCCAUUUACUUCAUCACUUUCAUCUUUUUUGUGUUCUUUGUUCUGCUGAAUAUGUUCUUGGCAAUUAUUAAUGAUACCUACUCUGAAGUGAAAGCUGAUUAUUCAAUAGGCAGAAGGCCGGAUUUUGAACUUGGUAAAAUGAUUCAACAGAGUUACAAAAAUGUUCUCGAGAAAUUCAGACUGAAGAAAGCUCGAAAAGAUGAAGAUAAGAAAACCAAAGGCAGCGGAGAUUUGGCUGAACAAGCCAGAAGAGAAGGCUUUGACGAAAAUGAGAUUCAAAAGGCAGAGCAGAUGAAAAAAUGGAAAGAGAGGCUUGAGAAAAAGUAUUAUUCCACAGAAAUUCAAGAUGACUACCAGCCUGUCACUCAAGAAGAAUUUCGAGAACUCUUUUUAUAUGCUGUGGAGCUGGAGAAGGAAUUACACUACAUCAAUUUGAAGCUAAAUCAAGUGAUGAGAAAGGUUUCAGCUCUAUAG